AUGUCCGGAUACUACGGAGGACCCUCUCAGGGCGGCGGAUAUGAUAACUACGGUCAACAGCAAGGACAAUACCAUCAAGGCCAGGACCAGCAUCAACAGCAGCAGCAACAGCAGCCAUAUGGAGGCCAGUACCAAGGCCCUCCUCAGCAAGGUGGUUACUACGACCAAGCUCCUCAACAGCAGCAACAGCAUGGCUAUAAUGCCCCUCCUCAGCAUUAUGAAAACAGGGACCAGCAGCAGUAUGGCGGCGGGUAUCCUCCAGCUGGACAGCAGCCUUAUCAAGGUGAGAGUAAUGCGUACUACGGCGGUGGUCCACCACAGCAUGGCGGUAUGCAAGGGGCGCCUGCAUACCCUCAGGGCCCAGGCGGUCCAGGAGGGCCAGGAGGCCCCGAGGGCGAGAGAGGACUGGGGACUGCGCUGAUCGGAGCUGCUGGAGGGGGAUUUAUGGGUAACAAGCUUGGUGGGGGUGCAUUGGGCACCAUUGGUGGCGCUGUUAUCGGUGCUGUUGGAGCUAACGUCGCCGGACAUGCCAUUAAGGAAGCCUGUUGCAAUGCCAACUUUGCUGACCGUCAACAUAGCCAUAAGAAAAAGCACAAGGGCGACAAGAAACACAAGAAGGACAAGAAACACAAAAAGGAGAAGAAGAGGGGCCAUGGCUCCUCGUCAUCAUCCUCUGAUGGGAGCGACAGUGACUAA